AUGGGCAAUAUUUGUGCUAUUCUUUAUUAGAAACUCAAGUAAAAAAUUAUGUACUACAAUAUAAUUAUAACAUGAUUAGCACAUAAAAAUACUAGUCACAAAAUGAUGGUAGUGACUUGUAAACAUUUAAAUUCUCAAUAUAGGACUCAACUGAAUUUAGAUAAGCAUUAAAAAGUUUCUAAAAAGUGUAAAUCAUGUAUAAAGAAAAUAAGUACUUUUCUGAUGAUUAACUUAAAAGGAUGUAAAUAGUUCAAUAUAAUUAGAACUUAAGAUAUAGAGGGGUUUAUUAAACCUGAUGCUAUUAGUAAUUUAGAAUAAAUAAAAUAUUUAUCAUGGUCUGGAAAAUAUGAUAAUAUGAACCAAAAGAUAGGGAAAUGGAUAGUUAAAUGGAAAGAUGAAGCUCUUAAUGAUGUAGGUGGAUAGUACUCUAAUAAUAAAAAAUAGGGUAUAUGGAAAGACAUAUUUAAAAAUUAUAUUAUGUAAAUUUGUUUACAUAAUUAUAAGUAAAUCUCAAGUCUAUGAAGUAGGGGAAUAUGCGUGUGAAACGAGGUAACAUUUUUGGAAGAUGAUAUAUAAAGAUGAAGAAAUGUGAUUAUUGAUUAUUAUCAACUUAGUGGUGGAGGAGAAUACAAUUUGAAGGGUCAGAAAACUGGUAAAUGGAUAGAAUUGAGUGAUGGGUAUAGUUAUGACUCAUAAGUUAUGUAUUUUGGUGAAUAUAAGGAUAAUAAAAAAGUGGGCAUUUGGGAUAUAUUAUUUAGAAAAAAUAAUGAAACGAAAUUUAAACUGAUGUAAAUAUUCUAAAUAGAAGAAAUGCUUUAGCGGUUGUGGAUCAUAUAGUGAAGGAGGUAAUGGCAUUAAGAUAGGGAAGUGGGUUGAACAGAGUGAAGGUUUUUAUGCUGAUUCAUAAAUAACAUAUCAGGGUGAAUAUAAAAAUGGUAAAAAAGAUGGUAGAUGGGAUAUCUUUUUUAUGAAUAAUAAUCAAAACGAAUUGAUGUGUGACAAUAUUAUAAAAUAAAGUUUAGUGGUGGCGGAUCAUAUGGGGAAGAGGAUGGUGCUGCUAUAAAGGUUGGAGAGUGGACUGAGUUGGAUAGUGGGUUUGAAAAUAGAAAGUAAGUGCUUGUUCAAGGGGUAUAUCAACAAGAGAAGAAGGUUGGUGAAUGGAGUAUUCUUUAUAGAAAGUACUAUUAGAAUUUAUUUAAUAAAAUGUAAUUAACUUUAAAACGAAUUAUCUAGAGGAGGUGGAUUUUAUGAUAAAAGAAGUUUAGGCAUAAAGAUUGGAAAGUGGGUUGAGUAGAGUGAAGGUUUUUAUGCUGAUUCAUAAAUAACAUAUCAGGGUGAAUAUAAAAUUGGUAAAAAAGAUGGUAGAUGGGAUAUCUUUUUUAUGAAUAAUAAUCAAGACGAAUUGAUGUGUGAAAAUAUUAUAAAAUAAAGUUUAGUGGUGGCGGAUCAUAUGGGGAAGAGGAUGGUGCUGCUAUAAAGGUUGGAGAGUGGACUGAGUUGGAUAGUGGGUUUGAAAAUAGAAAGUAAGUGCUUGUUCAAGGGGUAUAUCAACAAGAGAAGAAGAUUGGUGAAUGGAGUAUUCUUUAUAGAAAGUACUAUUAGAAUUUAUUUAUUAAAAUGUAAUUAACUUUAAAACGAAUUAUCUAGAGGAGGUGGAUUUUAUGAUGAAAGAGGUUCAGGCAUUAAGAUAGGGAAGUGGGUUGAGCAGAGUGAAGAUUUUUAUGCUGAUUCAUAAAUAAAAUAUCAUGGUGAAUAUAAAAACGGUAAAAAAGUAGGUAGAUGGGAUAUCUGGUAUGAAGAUGAAUGGGGUUUUGUUAAAAAAAUGUAGAAAAUUCAAUUAAACAAAGUAUUUAAUUUCUAGUGGUGGGGGGUCAUAUGAUGAAGUAGGUGAAGGAAUUAAAUUUGGGCAGUGGAUUGAGUUGAUCAAUGAUUUCGAUGAUUCAAAAUAAAUAACUCAAAAAGGAGAAUAUAAAAAUGGUAAAAAAGUUGGUAUAUGGGAUGAUUACGAUCUGUAGGAGAAUGAUCCAUUUUAAUCAGUGUAAAUAAUAUUAUAAUACUAAAAUUUUUAGUCGUAAGAAUUAAUGGAUAAGGGAUGAGAAAUGAA